GGAUGUCAGCAUGAAUUUUAUUCCUUGGGUUCACUUAGCUCUGGAACAAGCAUUUAGCUUUGCUGGAAGUUAUUUCUGCCCUUUCUAGACCUAAUCAUAUGAGGGAAUAUAAAUGUUACCUUUUUUAUAAGUGGAAAAUCAGUCAUGAAAGGAACUCAGUCUAAGCCUAGAACACAUUAGACUCCAAACAAAAGGAAUUUUACUAAUUUGUGGGACUUUGCCAACAUUUCCAACCACUGUGAGAUAAUAAUGAAUUAGCACAACUAGAAAAUAUCUCAGAAUGGAAAAAACGCUGCACUGGGGAUACAGCAGUGAACAAAACAGACAUGGUAACUGCCUUGUUAACUUACAAACUGAGUAGAGAAGGCAGGUAAACAAGGUGGCCACUGUUUUUGUUUAUCGUACUGUUAUUCUAAAGAGCCGGGUUCUGCUCUUUGGAUGAGGUCCAUUUCUUGUUCUAUGCUAGUUGUGUGAUUAAAUCUUUUCUGAGUUAAAAAAAAAUUUAAGCAAUAAAAUGUGGUAACGCAUAGAAAAAGCAAAGAGCCCAAAUAGUUUAAUACAAAAGCACAGACUUGAUUUAAUGCAUCUAAGAAAACAGUAUCCUGCAUUUGAAAAACUUCAAGUUUAUUCCAUGCUCCAUAGACCACAGCGAUACACAAAGAACUUCUCUUCCCACCUGUUCAGAUUUCUUGGCACUGCACCAAAUGAUUUAGUCUGGACUUUGCAAACACCUACUGAUGACCGAGCUGCUGUUACCAUGGAGUGCGCAGCAGCCCUGUCCCUCUUUCUCCCUCUGUUUAGGCAGGAUUCUUUUCCUUUGGCUGGAAAGCAGCCUUCUCUGUGCAGGUUGGAUGCAUAUGGACAUCUUUCCUGUGCCUGCAGCCCCAGGGUCAGCUUGAACUCUCACUGUAAUUUCAACCCACAAGCAAUACAACUCAUCUUGUUUGGAAAAGAAAAGAGAGACAAACAGCUGAACAUAGCUGUCCUCCUCGGUGUUGGCUACAAUGCUCAAUGAGGGGCCCACGUUUUUAAGGGCACAUACUUGGGGAAAUUCUGACACUGCAAGCUGCAGCCCUUUCUCUUCGCGCUUGACUUGGCUGAUUUCCAAAGCACCGAGGCCAGCAAUUGAGGGACUGAAAUGUAAUCGGUGGCAGUACAUUUACACCACAUGAAACCUUCUCUGCCUCCAAAGGCUCCAGAGGCUGUGGGAAGCAGCAUACCAGCAACAGCUCCCAGCCACAGGACUCGUACAGGAGGGAAGAUUUUAUCGCAAUGUCCCAGCAGAAGUGCAUCGUGAUCUUCGCCCUGGUCUGCUGCUUUGCUAUUCUCGUCGCAUUGAUAUUUUCAGCUGUGGACAUCAUGGGAGAGGAUGAGGAUGGACUCUCAGAAAAAAAUUGUCAAAAUAAAUGUCGAAUUGCCCUGGUGGAAAAUAUUCCUGAAGGCCUUAACUAUUCAGAAAAUGCGCCUUUCCACUUACCACUUUUCCAAGGCUGGAUGAAUUUACUCAACAUGGCCAAAAAGUCUGUUGACAUAGUGUCUUCCCAUUGGGAUCUCAACCACACUCAUCCAUCAGCAUGUCAGGGUCAACGUCUUUUUGAAAAGUUGCUCCAACUGACAUCACAAAAUAUUGAAAUCAAGCUAGUGAGUGAUGUGACAGCCGAUUCAAAGGUAUUAGAAGCCUUGAAAUUAAAGGGGGCUGAGGUGACGUACAUGAACAUGACUGCCUACAACAAGGGCCGGCUGCAGUCCUCCUUCUGGAUUGUGGACAAACAGCACGUUUAUAUUGGCAGCGCCGGUUUGGACUGGCAGUCCCUGGGACAGAUGAAAGAGCUUGGCGUCAUCUUCUACAACUGCAGCUGCCUGGUCCUAGAUUUACAAAGGAUAUUUGCUUUAUACAGUUCAUUAAAAUUCAAGAGCAGAGUACCUCAGACCUGGUCCAAGAGACUCUAUGGAGUCUAUGACAAUGAAAAGAAAUUGCAACUUCAGUUGAACGAAACCAAAUCUCAAGCAUUUGUGUCGAAUUCUCCCAAACUCUUUUGCCCUAAAAACAGAAGCUUUGACAUAGAUGCCAUCUACAGUGUGAUAGACGAUGCCAAGCAGUACGUGUACAUCGCCGUCAUGGACUACCUGCCCAUCUCCAGCACGAGCACCAAAAGGACUUACUGGCCAGACUUGGACGGGAAAAUAAGAGAAGCACUGGUUUUGCGAAGCGUUAAAGUGCGGCUCCUGAUAAGCUUCUGGAAGGAAACCGACCCCCUGACAUUUAACUUCAUUUCAUCUCUUAAGGCUAUUUGCAUGGAAAUAGCCAACUGCAGCUUGAAAGUUAAAUUUUUCGACCUGGAAAGAGAGAAUGCUUGUGAAACAAAAGAACAAAAGAAUCUCCCCUUUCCUAAGUUAAACCGCAACAAGUACAUGGUGACCGAUGGAGCCGCUUAUAUUGGAAACUUUGAUUGGGUAGGGAAUGAUUUUACCCAGAAUGCCGGCACGGGCCUUGUCAUCAACCAAGCAGACGUGAGGAACAACAGAAGUAUCAUUAAGCAACUUAAAGACGUGUUCGAGAGGGACUGGUAUUCACCUUAUGCCAAAACCUUACAGCCCACCAAGCAGUCAAACUGCUCCGGCCUGUUCGAACCCAGAGCCCCUGCCAACAAAACUGCCAAGGAUGCCCAACACGACGAAAUAAACUGAUCGUCGGCAUUCGCGUUUCCUAUUUAUACCCCAAGGACUUGAGGAGAGAAGAACAAUUUAAUAUGUCUUUUUUAGGAGAAAAAAAGCACACAGUAAAAAAAAUUGAACGACAUGUAGUAUCUCCAGCUAACAAUAUCUUAGCGCCUUGUACUCGCAAUUUAAGACUUUCGUAUUUGUUACUUCUGACAGAGAAUGUCAUUCUGGCUUGGACGUUCGUUUUUAUGUUUGCAUACAAAAUUUAAGACUUUGAUUUGUGUUUCCUGUUCCUUUCUGGCUUUAGGGCCUCUUCUGCUGACCACUGGUUAGUUCUUAAGAAGCUUAGCAUGAGGUGAGCUCUUUUCCUUAGCACCAUUCUGAGCCCCGCUGAUUGGGAGAGGAAGGUGAGGAUUUCACCAUGGAGAAGACACUGAUAACACCAAGGAUUUGCCUUUGUAACCCAUCUCCAAGACCUAUCCGAGCCCCUAAAUAUACAUAGCUUACAUCUUAUGCCACCCUUCAACACUUUGGAAAAAUACCCUUUUUUAUGUCCUUGUUCAGCAUCUUCUUAAUAUCAUAGGUUUUAUUUUAUCAUUUUAUCUUCUCACUAAAUGUCCUUAUUAUAUAGUAUCCCUAUAGUCACCUCAAUAUUAGUUCCAAGUAUGGUAACAUCUUUUGAAAAUGAAUGGAUUCCUCAACAUGAAUACAAAAUGGAAAUAACAGUCUUUAAUUUUCACCUCUCAACUACAUUCUUUCCCCUACCGAAUCGGUUAUUUAAAGACCGCAGCCAGCAAUAGGUACCCUUUCUCUCAAGCUCAGAAAAAUGAUGUAGCCACCUGCUAAUAUCCAGCAAGCUACUAAGUCUGCAUUUUGAGAACAAAGUAGUUUUCCACAUUUUUUGUUUAGUUUACAGUAUUAUAAAGGAAAGGUAUUUAUGCGUGAGUGGGUUUAAAUUUCUUUAGAAUCAUUAUGUUGUUAAGAGUAUGCCAGCAAAAGUUUAUAGAGCUAUUUAAUAUACCUUCUGCUAUUUAAUAUACCAAAUGCUUUUCAGAGAAACGCAAUUUAAAUACUGUGCUUAACAUAUUUUACUAAGAAACAGAAAUAUUGGAUUAUUGUCCUAUGAUGUCAUUAUGUGUUGUUUUAUAUCUAUACAGUAUAUAACCCUGUGUUAAUGGAGACUGUUGCUACAUAAGAGCCCAGGUAGGUAGCCAGGACACCCACAGCCAGUGUGGCUCCUGUCCGUGGGGCUCAGAACAGAGCCUACACACCUUGCCCUGGGGUUUCUAUCACUAAUGUAGAGACAGUAAUACUCACCUACCUCGCAGGGAUGUUGUCAUGGUAGGAGAUAUUUAUAACUUGUUUUGAAAUCAAAAGAACCUAUAUAAAUGCUAAGCAUUAUAAUGUUUAAUCUUUUUCUUGAAAUAAUCUUUGCGGUAUCCUGAUAUAAUCAAGACCAAGUCCUCCUCAAGGACCCAGAAGGGAAAACAAAUCUACAGCUUGCAAAAAUGGAUGGCAACAAUGCAGCGACACAAAACCCCUGGUGGAGACCUGGAUUGUCAACAUCUGGAUGGAAUGUUUUUGUUGGGUCACUUUGGCAUAAAUAAUAUCAACACAAAACUAGACAUUGUGCUUGGGUCAUUCUUUAGGACCAACAUAUCCAUGUGUUUUCAGAGCAAGGACAAAACCAAUUUCAACCAUUGUUUUUCAUUUCUAGAGACUUGAUUUAGUGAAGAAGGGUGAUGGUGGAAGCUAUGAAGCUUGCCUAGUGGAGUCACUCCAGGUAGAAUGGCUUCUGUUGGUUAACUAGUGGUCACAUUACUUCCUUUCUGUUUCCAAGUAUUGCUUCACUGGAUCCUUAACCAGUCAAUUCAGAAAGCUGGAAAGAAGCUGUAUGGUUAAGAAUAGCGUUUUUUUAUGGCUUUGGGGGGAUUCUCAAUGGAAUUGUUCAUUAGUAAUGGCCAAUACCUAAGACUCUCAAUAUGCACCAUAUGCAUAGUCCUUGUUUGAGUAGGGAGUUAUCCUCCAGUAAUCUAGUAAUGGUGGCUUUAGUAAUGGUUUUAAAAAGAAAGAGUGGAGUGUAGAUAAGCAAACCUACCAAGUUCACCCUGGGACAAACAAAAAGGUUGGAUUUGAAAAAGAACAUCUAAAGGGAAAGAAAAUAGUUACUUCCUUGUUGAUUCCUAAGUUGUCUACUAGAAUACUGGUCCACAGCCAACUGUAGGUCUAGAAAAAUGGCCUAUACUUUUGCAUCCAUGUGGUAGGAGAAGAGGAUGUCAUCUUUUAGGAAAUGACCAUAGUUGCUUUUUUCUUUCUGAGCCCCACCAAAUGGUGUAUCUGCCAGGUGCUGGCAGCUUCAGGGCUCUGCAGGACAGCAACACACCUCACCAGGGACAACAGGGUGGUGGAGGCAAUGGUGGCCUUCUGCAGCAGCCAGGAAAAUGGUCCCUGUGCUGAGAACAUCAUAGAUGAGUCUGUCUCCCCGGAGAACAUUCUAUUCUGUAGAAUUUUCUCUUUCAUAUGGACGCUCUGUUUCCUCUCUUUGCAUCUGUGCUAAAUACAUUACUUACUUCCAUCCCUCCUGCCCCCAACAUCCCAGGAAAUAUUUCCCAAGAGGAAAAGAACACAAAACAAAAACACUUUAAUUUGAGAUUAUCAGGUAGAUGUCCAUGGCAGGGAAUAUAAGGAGGAUGGUAACUACUAACCUUGCAUUUUCUCCAUAAACAUUUCAGAAGUUAUUUCCCUAGGGGGAGGAAAAAGAAAACCAAAUACAAUUUGAAACCAAAUCAUAUUUUGGAUUCCUCUGUCACUAACGCUAACCUAGUGCCUUAUCCAUUUUGAAGUAUUGGUUUUAAACAGUGGUUCACUAUGUGAGGACACUCUUACUCCAGAGUCUAAUAUGAACUUCUGCUGGACCAGCCUGUUUGAAACUUAGGCACGAGCAUCAACAGUUUUUAUGCAGCCUGCUUCCUUCCCACCCCAAAGAAUUUAUCUCCCUGAAAUCAAAUCAUUGAAACAUAUUGCCAAAUAUCAAUACUGUUGGCAUCAAUUGCAUUGUCACUGGCCACUGGUAUAUCACAGAAUCGGAUCACAGCUUAUCAGUCCAUGGCAGAGGAAGCAGAGCCUUCUGAGAGUCUACCUGUGCUCUGUAACCACCACAUGUUGGGUUCCUGGCAAUGACAGAAGGGAUGCACACUGAAAAUGUCUGCUGUCUUUAAGGAACCUUGUAAAGAGAAACAUCAUAGACUCCCAAGGUCCUGUGGAACAUAUGUAAAAUGAAAGCUAGAGUCUUUAAAAAGUCAAAGUAGGCUCAGUUCAAGAAAUAAAAGGUCUGUGGGAGGAAAACCUUUGCAUUUGGAUAGCUUUGAGCACCACUUUCUCCAGACUCUGUGCUGUGGUUUGUCUCAUGUCUGAUUUGGUUCUUAGUGAGAUGGGUCGGGUCUCGUUUUGGGCUGAUCUUACCCUUUGAAAAUGUGUUGUAUUAAUGUGUUUCUGGUUUGUUAAAAGUGCCUCGAUGAACCCAGGACUGACAGAAGCUCAUUUCCCAGCAGCCUGUGGUUAUUCUCAAGUGACUGAUUCAUUCUGAGAGUUCUGUUUGUGGAAACUUUUAUUGAACUAAAUUCCAGAGGGAAAUUAAAAGACUAUAAGAAUUUCUUGAUAGAGUCAGAUCCAGGAUCAGCCUGUCUCAGGAAUUCUACCCUAGAAUCUGCUCCCCCCCGCCCCGUACAUAUGACCCAUUUGUAUGUGUUUCUCAGUGCAAAAUUCAUUCUAUUAUUUCUAACAUUUAAGGAACAUAAAAAGCUGCCAAUAUCUGUAAUAGAACAGUCAGCUCCUGUAAUGAAAGAUACUUUGCUAUUGGAUAUUCAAAUUCAGUCCCUAUAAACAGCUCCAUCCAUUGUGGAUAUCAAGUCUUCCCCCCCACCCCGUAUUUCUUCCCAGUAUACUGGUGCAAUUUAUUAUAAACCUUUGAAGGAGAAACUCUCCUUCAAACUCUCCUUUGGCCUAAGAUAGAUUGAAUAAGUUAAUCCACAGUCAAACAUUUUCCUGGGCCGGGGAUUGAGCUCAGUGGUUCUGGCACCUACCUCGGAAGCGGUAGGAUCCGAGUUUGAUCCCUGGUACCAAAAAAAAACAAAACAAAUUUCCUAUUUGCUAUAAAUUAACUUCUUUCCUUUUUUUUUAUAUGUUGUUAACCAAAUAGCUGCUUACUAUUUUUACUUUGCUGACUUUAAUCAAUGUGGGUUUUUCACUAGCCCUGAAGUGGACUCCAUUUAGGCUUAAUCUUUUCCAUUUGAGAGAAUUCCCAUCUUUGGCUGAAUUAUGAAAAUACUGCUUUGUAUGGUGACUAGAUAGGUAUCCUUCAGAAGUUUCUUCAGCUUGUAAAAACCUACUUUUCUUUUUUUUGACCCAUUCUUGUACUUACAGAAUUAUAAAAGACCACUGAUUACCUAGACUUCUUUUGGGAACCUGACUAAAAAGAAAUGUGAAAUUUAACAGGCCAUUAUGUAUUUUCUUUUGCUGUGUUUAACUACUAACCUUCUAAUCCUGUUGCAAAGGAUCUCUUGGAAUUUUUAAUGUACCUUUAUAUAAAUAGGAUAAAUGUGUACUGGGCAUAUCUAUAUUAUUAACAUUCUGAUCCCUAAAUAAUUUGAUGUGAUAUAGGGUUGAAUUUGUAGGGAAUCAUUAAAAUGAUCAAAUCUUUCUUAUAAUCAAAUGCUCAAUUAUUUCCAGAAGUAAAUUUAUAAGGCUUGUUCAUACUGUGAGAUGAAGCAUUUCUUUUUCUCCUCAGCUUGAUCUCAGAAAUAAACUUGCUCUUCUACUAUUAUAAGUGACAAAGUAAAUGUAACUGGCCCAACAGGCUGUGGGCCCACAGUUUUAUGUAUUCACCCAACAGUCAGUUUCUAAACCUAUUCCUUCCCUCUAUAAAGUUUGUUCCUAGUAUUGUUGAUUUGGAGUAAAUAAGUGAUCUUUCCUAGUGAAGAAACAAUUAUAGAUACCAUGAGGUACACUGUGGUCUUUUGACAGAAAAAGUGUUUGCGGAUACAAGGUCAGAUGCCUCUCAUAUUCAUUGCUCUCUUAUCUAGGUGUAAAUCCAUAAUCAUAGACACUUGUGUCUUCUCAGCAGGCCUAUUUGAUUGGUAUAUUUUUACAGUGCUGGGGAUCAAACCUAGAGCCUCCUAGGCAAGAGCCUACCAGUAAAUUACACCCCCAGGGGCUGGGAAUUUAGCUGAAUGGAGCCACGCCUGCCUCACAAGCAAGGUCCUGAGUUCGAUCUCCGGUACCAGGAAAAAAAAAAAAAAAAAAACUACACCCCCAGGCCCCAACAAACUCAUUCUGAAUCUGAGAUUCAGAGCUUACCUUGAAAAACAUCUAAGACAACUCCUUCAAAGGUACAGUCCCCUUCUCAUUUGGCCACUCAGAGGAUCCACUCAAACCCAUUUGGACAGUGUACCACUGCCUUUUGUAGGGCCCAUAUUCGAUAAUGUUUGGUUGAUUUGCUAUAGUAAUUUAGGUUUGAGCCAAAGAUUGAUCUCUGAAAGAAUAUGCAUUGUAUGUGCAUAUACUAAUACCCUUUUUAGAAAGAGAAGAAAUCUGCAGAGGUGGACUUUUUUUUAAAGCUGUCAUUUGAGAGUUUAGCAAAGAUUUAAUACAGUGAACUUUCUGAAUCUGCAAUAGUCAAUAAUUUGAUUGGAUUGGAAGUUUCUGAGUCUUAUAAUUUCAUGUUUUUAAUUGGGUUAAUAAUAAUUUUAUGAGACAACCAUGUGCAAGAGGCCCAAUUAAAUCAUAGCAAAGGUGAAAAUUAUUUGUGGUUUAUUUUCACUUCACAUGACAGACUAAUUACUAAGGAGAAAAGUUAUUUUUUGUAAAGUGGACGUCUGGCUCUAAAAUUCAUUCACCUGGGCCUCAGACACCUUGAAAUAUUAAUUCCCAUCUAGAUCCUCCUAUUUUCCAUAGGUUGAAAGUUCUGAGGAAUAGCUGAGAAAUUCUGAGCUCCUUGAAAGACACAAAUGCAGACAAACCCUGUUUCUAGUUUACAGUGUUCUCAUAAAGGUACACAACUGAUCUUGGGAAUAUGACCUCAUUUUCCAGGACUCAAAAUAUUGAAAUUAUAUGUGACUUUCCAAUUCAAAUGAAGGAUGAAGAUUUUUAAAGACAACUCAGAAAAUAUGAUCCAACAAUAUUCACGUGGAUCAGAGAUUAUUCUAUGAUUUCAUUUACUUUUACUUAAAAGUGAAGAUUAUCUGCUUCUUUCUGAAAGGCAACAUCCAAAAACGUAAUAAAAGAAUGACAGCACCAUAGUUUCAGAAAAGUAUUGAUAGAGCACGUUGAAAAUCCUGUGUGGCAAAGUGUCCUUGAGAAAAAAAACAAGUUUUGUCCCCAGAAAUAAAGCCAUAUGUUAUUAUUCAUAUUUCAUAGGUGGACGUAUGGUUUUCCUAGUGUCCCUGAGAGAUCAUGCCCAUACCUUCUGUACAAGCAGAUCAUGUUUCUUAUCGUAUGAGCUCUCCAUACUGGUCAGUUGAUUAUAUCAAGAUUCAAGACCUGAGUCCAAGUGACUCCUUUUCAGGCCAUGAGGUGGCCUAAGGGAAGAAAACCCAGAAAUACUUGGCCCAACCCAUUUGAGUCUGACUAUGAGAGAUAGAAAGUAAAUGAGUAGCAGCAAGAGCAACCAAGAUAGACACAGUCACCAUAAUAUGGCCACCUUGGAGCAGGAAUGGCAAUGACUUUUGCCACCAAGUCUAGAGGUCUUUUUGAUUCACCAUUUCUGCUUUUGGGUUACUGGAGAAAUGACUGAUUCCUGAACAAUGAGUCUGGAGUUUGUGGUUACUGGGUUGCUUUCAUAUCUUCCUGCCUUUCUUAUGUAUUGACAUAAAUAAACUCACAUUAACUGAGA